GAGCUGGAGCGCGGUGUGGAGGAGGCCGCUGCGGCGUGGCGGCGGAGCGUGUGCGAGGCUGUAGGGGAGGGGCAGAAAUUGCCGAGCCCGCGCUUCGCGAUCGCAUUCGUGCCCGAGCGGUGGUCGGCGAGGCUGCCCGAGGUCGUGCGGUCCCUGAUGGCGCUGACGGGCUGGCCGAAGUUUGCCCCGUUCCUGGGCGUGCUCAGCGAGUCUUCCUCGCUGACGCUCUGCGCUUCGCUAGCGCCCGCGGCCGCCGACGAUACCCCCCGGGACUCCUUGGCGCCAAGACUGCCCAGUCCGCGCGUCUUCUUCUGGGGAGGGAAGGAGCUCCAGCAUGUCAGCGAGUUGGCGUUGAACCCGGAGCUCCACACGAAGACUGGGGCUGCCGGCAUGUCCCUCAACGGCACGGCCCUUGCCGCUCACGCAUACCUCCAGCGAGAGCCGCACGAGGUCGGGAGUUUUCUGCUUUUCGGGGACUUCGCAGCGGGCGCCGGCGUGAUCAAUCGCUGCCUGUCCAUCCUUGACGUGUCGUACCCCAAGGCGACAAAGGCGGGGGUCGUCGCACCGCGGGCAGGGUCCGAUCCGCCAUUGGCGGUGGGCUUCAGAGGGAGAGUGACCCAGAAUCGGGGAGGCGGAGGCCUGCUGGGCCUGGCGCUCCCGGGCGCCAUCCACACCUCCCUCGGGCUGUGCGGGUGUCGGCCCGUCGGCGUGCCCCUGGAGGUGCACGACGCCGACCUGCAGCAGCGCGUCGGCGCCUUCAUCCGCACCGUGGGGUCGGCCGAGUGGGACGGCGACAGCUGGGGCGUGCCCGGCGUGGAGGAGUCCAAGACGCCCACCCCGCCGCGCCGCCGGAGCCAGCCGGCGGCGCCGGCGCUGCGGGAGGCCGCGGCGCGGGCGGGCUUCGCGGGCGACGCCGACCUCUGGGUCGGCGUGCCGCGGAAGCUGCGCGUCGAGGAGCGGAGCUUCAAGAGCGCCCCUGGCGCGGGCGAGUGGGCGCUGUACCCUUGGGCCGUGACGUCCUCGGAGGGGUCCGUGGUUUUGCAGGGGGAGGGGCCGCGGGCCGACGGCAUCGGCAAGAAGGGGGUCCGGAAGGUCCAGGGCUUCGUCACCCAGGCGGACCCGCGGGCGAUCGAGUCCCUGGACCGCAGCUACAAGCUGCUCUUCGCGGGCGGUCCGGGUGCCACUGCCAGCGUGGGCGACGAGGCGGCGUUCGACGGUUGCGGUCUCGGGCUGGCCGUGAUCGGCAACGGGGGCCUCACUGUCGGGGAGGACAGCAGAAUGGAGGGCACUGGUACCUUCACGUACGCCAACGCUCAGCGCCCCACGCUGCUGCACCGCCAG